AGAUUUUACCUGAGAGAUGAGAAAAGGAUUUUUUGGUUUUAAUGCUUGCUGCAGGUGCUGGUUCUAAGCUUUAAAGACUCAUCGCUGGUGAUCCUGGUGUCGCCAUGUGUCCUGGGCUGCUCCUGUUCCUGCUGCUGGCAGCACUGAACUCAGAAUCCACUGCCAAACUACCGGAGGACAGCACUGGUACCAAAUUCAUUGCAGCUUUUCCUGAGAACAUCGCUUAUUAUUAUCCUGUCCAGCCCGAAAACAAGAUCCAAAUCACCGCCUUGUAUGAUAACACAAAUGUCACCAUCCAGAUGCAUACCUUCAACCCCACAACAGAGACAAUGCGGGCCGGACAGUCUAAGGACUUUGUUCUUCAUUCAAGAAUGGAGCUCAGGAAGAGCCAAAUCUCCAACAAAACUCUUGUAAUCACCAGCAACCACAACAUCAUUGUCCGCGCCAUCAGCCUCAAACACAACAGUGUGCAGUCUGCUCUGCUUAUACCUACUGACAAACUGGGCAAAGAGUACCUCAUCCCACCAACACCCCGAAUCCCAGGAACCACUGACCAAGUCACCUUAGAUGUAACGGAGAGAAGCCCAUUCAAGCUUAUUAUCAUCAGUGCAGAACAAGGAACCACAGUAACUAUUGAAGGUGCAAAGACUGAAAACGUUCAGCUUGAGUCCCAUCAGCUUACUCAGAUCUGGAUAAACGAAAGUGAUAAACUGCGAGCUAUAAAAGCCGACCAGCCGGUCGCGGUUCUCUUUGCUCACUCUUGCGCCAUCCGGAGCGAAUGUACCUGUGGGCUGCUGUACACCAUGCUGCUGCCCGCCAAAGAAGAGAAGUCGAAGUUCUUCAUUCCUCCUGUUCUGGUCAGAGAUGUUUAUGCUGAAACGUUUCUCCUUCUGUCAGAGAAGGAGUCCACUGAAAUAAUGGCCUUUAACUCAACCGUGCCGCUGGUCAAGACCGCCAACUCAGCCAUCCUCUACCGCCCGGGCUUACUCCUCACGCUGAUCCCAGAGACGGACUUUGCCUCCUGCUUUUUCGUCAGCCCAGUCUUUACAGUGGAGACCUCGGCUGUGAUCAUAGUCCACAAGAAUUUCACUGAUGGGGUUCGUAUUGGAAACAGUCCUCCGAUGAAUCCAGACUGGCAGGAGCUGAAAGACACCAUGUACGUCUCAACAGAAAUAAAGCUGGAGCAGAACAAGAAUUUCAUCUGGCACACGUCCUCCAAAAUGGCUGUCUACAUUAUAGAAAAGAAUGGAAGUGCUCUGUUUGGGAACCCAGCACCCAUCAUCAGUACAAGCCCAGAUUUUAGAGGCUGUGCCGUGACACCAGAGGUUGUAAAAAUCGGAGAAGUGGCUCAAGGCUGGCGUGAAUCUCUGCAGUACUGCAAAAACAUGAGCCUGGACCUGGUCAGCAUCUCCGACGCACAACUUGGGGCCCAAAUCUAUGAAAAAAUUACCCAGGUCAAGAACAACGGCGUGGAGGAGGUGUGGAUUGGCAUGCGUCGGAGCUCCCUGACUGGGAACUGGUACUGGCUAAACAACAGUCCAGUCAGCGAAACCAACUGGGAGGGGGGUGAGCCCAGCAAGGAUAAUGGCCAGUGUGCCAUCAUGAGUCUGAAAACAGGCAAGAACUUUGGCUGGAGUGACGAAGACUGCUGUAAGGCUGCCCACCCUGUCUGCUACAAAAACGUUUCCAUCUUUUCCCUGUGCUGUGAGAAUCCAACAGGGUGACUACGGUUAACGGGCGGGAAAACAGGAAACACCACCGGAAAACUGUCAGCCAGAUACAAACCACAACGUAGAUUCUCAGAACUGAUGUUUUGGUUAUUUAGUUAAUUCGUCUAGCUGUGCUGUAGUGGCCAUGUCCUGAUAUUAUCAAUGUUAUUAGAAUAAGUGGUGAAGCUGAUUCAGUGCUGUCACAGUUCAGAUUAGUUAGAUUAGUGCAGGGAGACCUGCAGACUGCACCCGGCCUCUCUGAGUUCUGUUAGUCGUGUAGUUUGAUGAGGUUUGUGCGUUUACUCAUUCCUGAGAAAGACAUCACGAGUCAAAAGGGAGAAUUUUGCAUUAAUUACAAGAAUACAGAAACAGAACACAAUUCCUUCAUCCGUCUUCAUCCGUCUUCAGAGACUGUAUUUGGACACAGCCAGUCCAAUAAGGUGUCCCCUGAUAAAAAGCAACCCCACAGGUCAUUGGUGUGAGCAGCUUAUUAUCACUUACAGCUACGUUUUAUUGUGAAGUGACAUCUAGUGGUCGUGUGAGACGCAUCAGUCAAAAUCCCAAAAACAACAUGUUCACGCUCCAGUGCCAAACAUCAGGGACAGAAAAUGACUGCUCACAGUUUGUUCUUUCACCAAAGAGACGUCGCUUUAACCGUACGAACAUAGAUCACAUCUGCAUUUAUCUCUCUGACAGAUGUUAGACUGACUCCAUGUUUAACAGGAGCCUGUGCACAGCCCCACUGUUCAGACAUAACGUUUGUGAUUAAGGCAAAAUUCUACUCAGUAAAACUUAGAUAUAUGAUAUGAAUUAACAAAUGAUUGUGUGUGGUCAUAGAGUCUGUGAUCGGAUCUGAUGUGUAGAUAGAAGAGAGUUUAAUCUGUCAUGUUACUGACUGUGCAUUAAA